UGCACCAACAGUCGGGAGCGUUGGCGUCAGCCGAACGUUAACGGAGCGUUCAGCGACCUGCGGAGCCUCAUCCCAACGCACCCCCCCGACAGGAAGCUCAGCAAGAACGAGAUCCUGCGCCUCGCCCUGCGCUACAUCGGCUUCCUGGAGCAGGUGGUGACGGAGCAGGACGGCGUCACCGUGGCAACCAGGGGCCGCUCGGGCAGCGUGGAUCAGGAGGAAGACGAGGAGGAGGAGGAGGAGGAAGAAGGGUCGUCUCCGAACUCCAGCUGUGGAGACGGUCUGAUGGACGAGCAGGACUGUGGAGGACUUCUGCAGUUCCUCCAGCCAUGGAUGGAGUAAUGAAGGGUCUUAAUGGGCCGGGGGCUGAAAGCGUCUGGGGCCCCCCACUGCAAAAUGACACUCAAAGAAACGUGUUAUCGAGGAAGAGACUUGAAAUCUCUACAAAGAACUGCAAAACAGACAGAAUGACCACAAAGAGUACGAGUAUGACUGAAAUCUGCUGCAAAACCAUUGAAAAAUGCAAAGUGUCUGCAAAUGGAUGCAAAACAACUCAAAAUGGAUGCAGCAGAACUACAAGUGAAUGCAAAAUGAAAACUAUUGCAAAACGACUACAUAAAGAGGCAAAACGACUAACAAGAGACACAAAAUGACUACAAAUAGAUACAAAAUGUCUAAAGAGAUGCUAAAUGAUUCAAACUGGAUGCAGAAUGUCUGAAAAUGAUCACAAAGAGACCCAAAAACUCAAUUAACUCAAAAUAUACUAUUUGUGAUAAUUUGAGUCUGUGUGUUGUGCUCCUAUGUGGGAGAGGAGGCAGUGGGGGGAGCACUCUCGCCCAUGGACCUGGAGAGGUGAACAAAGAUGAUGAAGUAUUCAUUAAAACAGUGCAGCAGUCCUUUGAAAACGCAUAUUGUUGUAUCGGACUGAGAGUUCAUGUGAUAUUCACAUAGUGGAGUAUUAAUUCAUUAUUAGAUUCAUUAUUAAAAUGCUAGAUUGUGUUCUGUUAUAACGAGAUGCUGUGAUGUGUGUUUUUUUCUGUCAGAGAAGAAGAAGCAGAAUAAUCAGUAAACCAGAUUGAGUUUCUUUUAUUGUGAAGGAACUGUUGGUGCUUUUAUUGUUUUUAAACACUUUUGUAAAAUAUUUUAUUAUGUGUGCUGUUUGUUGAUUAUUUUCAUCUGUGAUGCAAAAUGUUCUGUGAGGUUACAGAUCAAUAAAUAUUUAUAAAAAAU